CCAUCAUAUCGCAGUUUCAUCCAUCCGUGUGCUCCUCCAGCUUGUCGCUCAGCCUCGCUCCAGUAAAAGGGAAUCUCGCUCCAAGCCAGGAUCUGAUCCCAUGAGGAGACGAUGUGGCAGCCUAAUGAGAGUCAAGACUGCAAUCCUGCUGCAAAGCAGAUAAUAUGGCGACUGUGUUAGAGCUCAUGGUGUGCCCAUGGCAGUGACUGUACAGAACGAGUGCCUACUUCUUCCUGCCAGCUUUGUGGACUAGAUAUUAUCAACUUACUUUUUCCACAAUUUCUCCUCAUCAUGAAGACCAAGUCAUAUGCUCUGUCUUCUGCGAACGUUGCCCUCCUGCUCUUUCCUUCUCUUCUCCUGCUAUUUUCAGCACCAGACCUUGUCUGUGGUGACUGCUGGCUCAUCGAGGGGGAUAAGGGCUACGUAUGGCUGGCCAUCUGCAGUCAGAACCAGCCGCCGUAUGAGACAAUCCCGCAGCACAUCAACAACACAGUGCAUGACUUACGUCUAAAUGAGAACAAGCUCAAGGCCAUAUUCUUCUCGUCACUGAGCCGCUUCACAAACCUGACAGACCUCAACCUGACCAAGAACGAGAUCUCAUACAUUGAGGAUGGUGCCUUUGCUGGCCAGGCUAACCUUCAGGUGCUGCAGCUGGGCUACAACAAACUGACCAAUCUGACCGAGGGCAUGUUGCGAGGACUGGGACGUAUACAAUGCCUCUUCUUGCAGCACAAUCUCAUUGAGGUCAUUGCCACAAAUGCCUUCUGGGAAUGCCCCAGCCUCAGCAGUCUGGACUUGUCCUCUAACAAGCUGGCUCGAUUGGACUCGUCCACGUUCAGAGUGUUAGGAAGGCUGAUGGUGUGUGAGCUGGCAGGGAACCCUUUUCACUGUGGCUGUGAUCUGUACAGCUUCCUUGUUUGGUUGGAGGCCUUCAACAAUGUCACACACACCUAUGAUCGAUUACAGUGUGAGACUCCACGGGAGCUUUUCGGCUAUCCUUUGCUAAGUCCCGUCGGAGGACCUGGUCGAAGUGCUCUCAACAUCCUUGCCUCCAUGUGCAGAGAUGGAGUGUUUAUCCCAGGGAUGACUUCAUUGCCACCAGAUUUGGAUUCCUCAGGCAUGGGGCCUGAUAUGUUUGAUCGUUUUCAGCCCACAACCUUAUCUUCCUCUGAGAACACAUUCAGUCCCAGUAUCACACUUCAACACGUGUCUCUUUCUUCAGCGUCCCUGCUCGUGCAGAUACCACGGCCCUACAGCAAGAUGUACAUCUUAGUACAGUACAAUCAGAGCUUUGUUUCUGAUGUGAUGAACCUGAAAAACAAGAAGGAGCUCAUUACACUAAACAAGCUCAUACCAAACACCAACUACACUUUUUGUGUGGCCUCCAUACGCAACUCACAGCGUUUUAACCACACUUGUCUUCACUUUUCCACUCGGACUCCUACUACAGAUGACUUACUACCCACCCCAUCCACUACCACGCAUUACAUUAUGACCAUUGUGGGCUGCUUGUUUGGGAUGCUGAUUGUUCUUGGCCUGGUUUAUUACUGUUUAAGGAGGCGUCGAAGGAAAGAAGAGAAAGAGAAAUCAAUUUGUGUAAAAAAGACUAUCCUAGAAAUGCGAUAUGGACCCGAGGUUGCAGCUUCAGCUGCCAGUGAUCUGUCAGCAGUACAGAAGCUCCAUGACCAGACCCACCACCAGCAUCACCAUGGAAAGCUCUCCAUGUCCUCCUCUGGCUCAGGCAUGCUAGGUCAUGGCCCUGGUAAUACUAGUUCCUCGCGUCUCUCCACCAUUCCUCAAGUAGAGAAGCUGGCCACGGCCUUCUCUGAGGCAAUGGCAACCAAGAGCAACUACAUGGAUGUUAGGACCUCAGGAGCAGGAGAUGAGAGAGGGCGAGAUGGAGUAAGGCAUGCUGUUAGAGCAGAAGACCUAAUGGAGGAGGAAGAUGGUAGUGACCUGUUAGAUGACUCAGAUGGUGAUGAUUGUCGUGGGUCAGCAUCUGAGAUCUCUACUAUUGCAAUGGAAGUUGAUAAGGUUAACCAGAUCAUUAAUAACUGCAUUGAUGCUCUUAAACUCGACUCUGUAGCAGCUGCAGUGUCCUCUGCCACUACACUGAGUGGUAAUCCCACAUCACCACCACCUAGUAGCACUUCCUCCAUAACCAGAGGGCUAAUACCACUCUCACCCGGUAUCAGUGAAGCCUGUCAGGUCCUGCAGUCCCCAAAAAUUCCUCCUCCACCUCCUCUGCCUCUUACAACUCCCCUUUCUGAAAGGCCAGGGAUUACAGGAGGCGGCUUUGUUUCGCCUCCAUAUCGUCCACCGCCACCAGCAACGGCAGUUAGACCUAUUCAGCGACAGAUGAGUGCAGAUGCAGCUGUGAUUGUCAGCUCUUCUAAGAAGCAUUGUGGUCCUGUUAGUGGAAAAGCUCGGGUGUACAGCCUGGAUGUGCCAGAACCACGUAGUCCUGAUCCCUGUCAGUAUCCUGAGAAGGGAAGCCCAAUCCGCUGUGGGAAACCUCUGGAUAAACUACCCUUGGUUGGUAGUGGUGUAGGUUGUAAAAUGGAUGGAGUCACUGUGGAUGGUGUGAGACUUCAGCAGCACUUGGAGGUACAUCCAGACUUCCACUGUGCAGAGCAUCGUCAUUCGGUCCCUGCCCUUUAUUACGAGGGCUCCCAUGAUUCCCCUGCACAAAGAGCAUCUUUCCUCAAACCCCUGUCACGUGCCAAGAGAGACGCUGCUUCUUAUUCUCAGUUAUCGCCCCACCAACAAAAUUACUCCGGGUACUCGUCCAGUCCGGAGUACUCCACAGAAAGCACACUGCGAAUCUGGGAGCGCUUCCGUCCAUACAGAAAGGGUCCACACGAGGAGUCCUGUUACAUUACAGCUGGAAAUGCACUGCGCAAGAAGGUCCAGUUCGCAAAGGGGGAGGACCUACAUGACAUCCUGGACUACUGGAAGGGUGUUUCAGCACAGCAAAAGCUAUGAAGCAGUUCUGGAUCUAAAGGCUUUACAGUGCCUGAAUCAUUUCAAGAUCCUCUGCGGAGAUGUAGCCAGAAGGAUGGCUAGUGUGUACAAAGCAAGGUUGAGUAUGUCAGGGUCUGAGGACAAGUUGUACAGGAUGAGUCAUCAGAGAGCCAGAGGGAGGGAGAGAGAGAAUCACAAUACAGCCCACGUCUAUGGUUGCAUUAAUUUAGGUCUAAUUUUAAACCUGUAAGCUGAGGCCAAUGAUAAAGUCAUUCCAUAGGGCAUAUCAUUUGUUGUAAAAUAAUUGUUUUUGCCACACAUUCUUCUGUAAAUCCAUUGUUUAUACUGAUCACAAGCCCUAAAAUCUCAUUCAGCCACAGAAACCCUGUGCAUGUGUUCUGUCUCCCACAUAAUUCACUGGCAUUGCAUUCAUUUCUGAAUUAACCGUGUGUGUGUUCAGAGGCUGCGCUGAUUUUAUAUAAAGCUGCCAAAACCAGACUUUUUCAUCUUUGUUCCAGAGCUGCCACAUUUACAUUUCAAUAGAGUCUCAAAAAAGAUAGAUAAGAAAGGAAGAGGACAAAAUAUGAAAAAUAAUCCAGUAGAAACACCCGAGAUCUUCAGCGGUGUCAGGAUCUUUUGCUAGUUACACGAACAGAAUGACAAUUAAAUUAAAGUAAAAAUCAGGCAGCUCAGGUCAGGAACACCAUCGUACAGGGCUGCAGGCUGUGAGACAAAAACAGAACCACAUACAAAUACAAAACUCCCCAAAUACACCUAUAGCCCCUCUGUUCCCAGCCAUUAUUUAAUUAAUAUCUAGUUUGAUUAGGUUAAUUGAUUAACAAUGAACCAAUGUUAUUUUGUGUAGUGUGGGAGUUAUGUCUAUUCAUUUGACUAAUAACCUAAACGUCAUUCUUCCGUAAGCCAAAAAAUUAGGUCAGUGACAGAAAGAUUAACAUACUGAAGGUGUAUCAGCAGUGUAUGAGUGAUGUACAUCAUCCUGAGAGUGGCUCCUUCAUGAUUUUGAUAUAUAAUAAUUUUGUGAUGUCCUCUAACAUCCUAGAUGAUGAUAACCAUAACAACAAUGAAAUAUAUGAUAAAUGUGAUAAACUAGCACAGUUUCUAAUAAAGAAGUCCUUAGAUGUAGGAUGAAAUCAGUAACAGCUGUAAGUUGUUUAUGUUCUCCGUAGAAAUCUCUGAUUAUUAACAGAUCCAUCAGUGAGACUCCUUCACAAACUCCUUCCCAUCGCCUUUAUCCAGCACUUCUUUCAUGUACAGUGUUCGUUAGUUUGGUUUGGUGUUGCACCAUGAGCAUGAGAUCUUACCCUGAAUUCACAUCAGAAAACAGGAGCGUAAUCAAAAAGCCAACACUUUAAGCUAGAACAGUGUUAAAGGAUGGAGAAGAAAAAGAGCAAAAGCUGCACAGCUGUAUUUACAACACAGCUCAUUGGACAUGAAGAUUAGAUUAACUGUGACCAGACACAGUAAAAAUAACCAAGUCACCUCAGAGCUUCAGAAUAAGGGUGUGAUACGAGUGGAAAAGAAUUCUAGGCGUUAUAUAAAAUGUGUGUGUUGUCAUACACACGUCCGGUGUGAGUUGUCCUUCACACUAGUGUAAAUACAGCACAUUUAUUUAAAUCUUAAAAUACACUCAGCUAAUUAUAUCUCACUCUCUCGUUCUGGAGUUCAGCAGUCGCUGGUGUGUGAUUUAGGAUUCAGAGCUGGAAGUAAAGUUUGCUCUUACACACAAAUGCGUUUUCAAAAGUGUCCCGUAAACGUUGACGCCUGAAGGAGGAGCGAGCAUCGUGGUUAUGACGAGAGCCGUGUAUGUGAGACUAAAGACACACACAAUCGUCAGCGAAAGCAGAGGAGUAAAAACCAUCCGCCGUCCAUCAGCCUUGUGAUCAGUGAGAAUGAGGACGAACUGUAACCGGAGGCUUACUGUGACAAACUUCCUGCUCAUUUUUAUUCCUGCUUUAUUUCUAUUUCUAUGCUGAGAAACAAACUACAGUCAGUCCACAUUCACGCAUGACUGUAAAGUCACAUGAAUCCAUUUAUUUUGUCUCUUUUCUCUUUUCUUAUGUCUUUACUGUAAAAGUCUGUUCUCUAUUUCUGAAGUUAAUUCACAUUUGAUUAUUUUAAACUUUUUCAGAAUGAUGUAUACUGAUUGCUUGUUUUGGUUGUGAGAUGUUCAGUCAGUGCUCUCCUGCUCAAGGACGUUUAACAUUACCUCAUUAAAACACAAGAGGCACAAAAAGCCUAGUCCAUUCACGUUAAAUGGUGUUUUCACUGCAGAUUUCCUCCUGAACUCAUCUGACUAAUCCUCAUAGUGCUGAGUAUGUGGGGGAUGUGGUAGCCUAGUGGUUAUGGUGUCGGAUUACCAAUCAGAAGUUUGUGAGUUCAAAUCCCAGGUCCACCAAGCUGCCACUGCUGGGCCCCUGAGCAAGGCCCUUAAUCCUCAAUUGCUCAGUUGUAUAAAAUGAGGUUAAUGUAAGUAGCCCUGGAUAAGAGCUUCUGUAAUGUAAUGAAUAAUUCUUAUAGUACUGAAUCCUCACAUUACUCUCUCUGAUCAUCUGCUGUUAAUGUUAUAGAUUUUUGCAGCAUGGUGUUUUUGCUCACCUCUGGGAUUUCUAUUAGAAUUAUACGUCAUGUUUUGGCUUGAGAGAAGCCUGAGAGUUCACCUGGGAAUGUUCGUAGUGGUUAAUUAGUCGAUCUGGUCAAAUGUCAACAGUUUUCUACUCUGUAACACUGAGAUGAUAAUUACACGCUCGAGGCUCGGCUCGUUUUCCCCGAACAGCACGACCUUCCUCACCGGUCAGGGUCAAAGCAGAGAGACAAUUACUGCCGCUUUUGGUUAAAGAAUGAAUGUGUUUCUCACGUUUAGAAUAAAAGCAGAAUAAUCACAUGCGUGUUUAUGGUUAACAACGUUUACCUCCGACUGGGACUUGGUGUGGUGUUUAGCUGUAAAAUUAACUUCAUGCUUACAUUUAUCACAUGACCACUUUUAAUCAACCUCACACAGGUCCACUGUGUGUGUGUGUGUGUGUGUGUGUGUGUGUGUGUGUGUGUGUGUGUGUGUGUGUGUGUGUGUGUGAUGUUUGAUGAUGAGAAAAACACAGUAAAUCGUAAAAACAUCAUGAUAGACAAACAAACUCCCAAAAUGUUUAGUUUUCUACACAGUUUUAAACACAUUUUAUAAUCUAGUCUGUCAGCAGGAGCAGUGUGAUAUAAAUGUGCUCGCAGACUGAGAAGAUAGUCAGAAUUUUUUUAUUUGGUUCUCAUCAGAUUAUGUUAGUAAAAAUUAACGUCUUAAAUGAGAUUAUUUUUGUAUUUUAAUAGAAAGGAGCACAAGAACACCACUGACACGGUGUGUGGUAUAAGACAGAAUGGUGUGGAGAAAGGUUAAGAGGCUAAGACAUUAAAACACUGAGAGACUGAGACACUGAGAGACCGAGAGUCUGAGACACUGAGAGACUGAAAGACUGAUACUGAGACACUGAGAGAUUGAAACACUGAGAAUCUGAGACAUUAAGACAGUAAGAGACUGAAAGACAGAUACUGAGAGACGAGGUUGAGGUAUUGACAGAUUUAAAAACAGUUGUCUGUUUUAAGAGCUAAAUGUUGCUCAGAUGAGUCUGAUAAGUUUCUUCAUUGGAGAUCAUGUGCAGGCUCUGGAUCAGGAGCAGAGGGACGGUAAUCACUGUAAGAUUCCAACACUUUAUAAGCUCCUUAUCUGUGUCAGUGUGUAGAAGCAGCUCAGUGUGAAAAGAGGAAACAGUCAGUGAGAAACACAACGUUCAUUCAGACUCCACAUUUAAUACAGAUAGAGUUCAUUAGAGUUCACAUUAAAAAACAAAGUUCUCAGCAUGAAAAGCUCCUGCACUAAAUGGCCGUGUUGUUGACACAAAAAUCAUUAUUGUUUAGUCUGAUAUGGAUAAUUAUAGGCUUUGUGUGAACUUCAGCGCUUUAAAGUCUCGAUUCACUCUUUGUUUAAAAUCAAAAGCUGAGGAUUUUCCUGAAGCCAAGAUAAUUGGGAUUCUUUUAAAAAAGUUUUAUCUCCCUCUCUCUCUCUCUCUCUCUCUCUCUCUCUUUCUCUCUCUCUCUCUCUCUCUCUCUCUCUCGCUCUCUUUUUCUCUCUCUCUCUCUCUCUCUCGCUCUCUUUCUCUCUCUCUCUCUCUCUCUCUCUCUCUCUCUCUCUCUCUCUCUCUCUCUCUCUCUCUCUCUAUCAGUGAUGCCUAAAGAAAAGUAUCCCUCUGGCUGAGGGCUGUAUUUCCUUGUGAUGUUUACAGCAAGCUUCUCAGGUUCCCAUCAGAUGUGGGUGUGUUAGAGGAUGUGGUGGGAAAGUAAAGUGGGACAGAACACAGGACGGAUAAAUGGAGUCUUUUCGAGCCAGAGGGAAGAAGGAACGGACCAAUCAGCUCACGGCUCCGGCCCUCAGUACUCAAGAGCUCUGAUAGCCUAAUUGAGGCGUAAAUCUUUUUUA